GGAACUAAAAUGCGUUGAGUGCUGAAAACACCGCCAACAACUAAACACACAAAAAUGGAAUCGUUACGUGUCUGCUUAGUGGUACAUAACGGUCAGCUGAGCUCUACCCUAACAGCGGUUUUAAAAAGGCAUUUUCCGCUCCGAAAAUGUUAGUUCGCUGACUACAAUCGGCUAGUCCACGUUAGCGGCUGUGCUAACAGUAUCAGAGUUACACUCAAUGUCUGCGGAUCAGAGGAAAAGUUGGGCCCUAACAGGCGCGAUGGUCGCGUUUGUCACCGCUGUGUAUGUGCCCUGCGUCCAGAGAUCCCUCCCCGGCGGAGACUCCGGAGAGCUGAUCACCGCUGCUUGUGAGCUGGGGGUGGCUCAUCCUCCAGGAUACCCUCUCUUCACCCUCCUCGCUCGCCUGGCUAUGAGUCUUCUGCCCUCCCUCUCUCCAGCCCACAGUGUUAACCUGAUGAACAGUCUUCUGGGGGCUGCAGCUAGCGGUGUCUUCUGUCUUACUGUCUGCAGGCUGGCAGGUCCAGGUCCUGGAGCCGUAUUGGCGGGAGGGGUGUUCGCCGUGUCCAGGCUGAGCUGGCAGUGGUCUGUUGUGGCAGAGGUCUUCACCCUCAACAACCUUUUCGUUGGUCUGCUCUUCUUUGCUUCUGCCAGCUUUCACUGCGCUGAAAAUGCCACACAGCGGACAAACAUUGCACAUUGGGGGGCACUGUGCUGUGGUUUGGGGCUCUGUAACCAGCACACCUUGGUGCUGUAUGUGCUAGUUGUUAUUCCUUGGGUGUUGCACUGGCUCUAUUCUUACAAGGAGCUUUCUUUGUGUCGUCUUUUCACCCUGGGAACAUGCUUCCUUGGAGGCUUUGUGCCCUACAUCUAUCUGCCCAUCUCCUCCUACCUCAACACAGCCCGCUGGACCUGGGGAGACCAAACCACACUCUCUGGCCUUUUGACCCACCUGUUGAGGGCCGAAUACGGCACCUUCAGUCUGGCAAAGCAGGAGAGUUCUCUGAACCUGUCCACAAUGCUUCAGGCCCAGUUGGACCACUGCUUGGCGGACCUUUCUCUUCCCAUCCUUGUGCUGGCAGGAAUGGGCCUGCUUCUCUCGUCAUGGGAUAGGAUGCGGCGCUCAGUGUCCUGGCUGUUGACCUCCAUGCUGCUGGUCUACUCACUGUUCUUUGCUUGGAGAGCCAACCUGGACAUCAGCAGACUCCUCCUGCUGGGAGUGGUGGAGCGUUUUUGGCUGCAAAGUGACGCUGCACUGUGCGUGCUAGCGGGCCUCGGUUUGAGCUGGACUCAUGCUGGGCUGGAGAGGAGGCUGGGACAUGGGGGGUUGUGGAAGACCACAGGCUGGGCGCUCACUGCGGCUGUGCUGGCACAUAUGGUCCACUCAAAUCACAGGGAGUGCGAUCAGAGCAGCAACAGUGUGGUGGAGAGGUUCGGCAGGGAGCUUCUGGCCUCAGUUCCAAACGACUCCAUCAUCUUGACCAGAGGAGAUCUCCCCGGAAACUCCUUGCGCUAUCUUCAUUACUGCCAGGGCAUGCGGCCCGACGUACGCCUGGUCGACCAGGAGAUGGCAACGUACGCGUGGUAUGUAGCCAAGCUCAGGCAUCACCUCCCUGGUGUCCACUUUCCAGGCCGCUGGUGGGACCCGGUCCAUCCUGAGGAAAAGGGGACCUUCAGUCUGGAGCAGUUCCUGUCCCACAACACACACAGACGGGAUGUGGUGGCGUGCAUCGGACUGCCCGAGGGAGACCCAAGCUGGGAGCGUAGCUUCUCUCGCUGGCCCCUUGGCGUCUGUGAGUACUUGGUGCCUCGUCAUCGACAGUUCAACCCUGAAGAAUGGGCACGUCGCACUUGCAACAUGUACAACUGGAGUGAACCACACAACAGUUUCCAUCCUGGAUCAUGGGAGCGUGUUGCUAAUGAGGAGAUGUGGCAGGCCAGGAUGAAGACCGCUUUCUUUCUGUUUGACCUGGCAGAAAGGAUGCAAGGAGAGGAGAAAACGCGCCUCUUUGAGUUGUCUUACACUCUCUAUAAGGAGAUCGUGGAGAGCCAGUCAGACUACCCUCCAAACUGGGACAAGAACUUGGCACUGGCUUGUGAGAGGCUGCUCCGUUCAGGUCACCGGGGCUACAGUCCAGACAGCCUGCUGACCUGCAGUGCCCAGCACUUUAGUCUGUACUUAGAAAAGGAACCCACAGAUCCUCAGGCACCCGCCAUACGCUCAGCCAUUACUCACCUACUCAAAGAGAGAGACAGGCUUCGCCAGAGCCAGAGGCGAAGCCCAUGAAAAGAUCCGAAGAUCUCAACAAGCAGCUGGCGUGCCGAGUGCGUGUCACAAGCUCAGUCAAAGCACGUGGAACCGAGUACAAAGCGUGAGCUGCAGUAACCAACCCCUCUCGCUGUUAAACGGUGAUGCUUCUCAGAACCUCUCUGCAAACUUUAGUAAGCAUUUUGGCUGAAUGGAAUCUCUGGAAGUAUGAGUUGACAGAUGAACUGCUCCAUGAACUGCAUGUGCAUUAGCCCCUUGUCUUGACAGUAUAUAUUGUACAGUUUAAUGCAUAUAGCAAAAAUAAAUUGGGGUGUGUCUGACUCCACAUUGCUUGGUAUGUGGCACUGAAAAUAAGUGCAAACUACGUCAUUGAACACAAAAGGCUUGGAUAUAGUUAUGGGUGUGUUUUUGGAUACAACAUGAAAUGAACCAAUCAGAUUGUCACCUGCCAUCGCCUUUAACAUCUAAGUGUGCCAGCAUCAAACUCAAGUGGGAGGAUUUGAAAGGAUUUAAUGGAUCUGUGCCUUGUCACAACAUGCAAGCAGAGAGCAGCCACUAAAGCUCCCUGUGGUGAAACACUAAGGUGAAGUUUUGUAUUUUUACAUAAAUGGCAGUUAUUUCAUUUAGUGGUUGCUUUCAGUUCAGUUUCAUUGUGUAUACAAGCAGAAUGUUUGCAUGUUGUGAACCCAGUUAUCUAAGGUACAUCUGAAUAUUGCUGCAUCUAUAUAGCAUCAGUUUUACACCCAACGUUUGGUGGUCGAUAGCACAGUCGCUUCCUGCUGCCUCCACAUUGUACCUUACCACCCCUCACUUUAAAACCAACACCCCCAUGAGUGCGCAAAUUGACGGAGUGCUACUGGUAAUGUGGGCGUUAGACACUUGCAUCAGGUGGAAACCAAUUACAUUUGGGUUGUGCUAUGAUCAAAUAUAGGACCUGUCCUAGGAAAACAUGCAUGUUAAUGGAAGUAUAUACAAAUAACAACAAUAAAAACAAAAAACAGUUUGCUGUAAUGACAGACUGAAACGGACUACAAACUGCAGUUGGUGGUUUGACUUCUAGAAGCGUUGAGUGGCCCCAAUCAGUUUAUCGCAUUAAAUACACUAGUUUGUUUCUUUUAGCUUUACAUCUGUUUUUUUCCUUCUCUUCUGCUCUUACUGCAGUGAUUAUUUUGCCUCUGUCACUGCUCCAGUUACCCCCCCACAUUAUUAUUGCAACACUGAGAUUGAGGGAACAGAAAUGGGGGGAUUAGAGCAGUUCUUUAAUCUAGGCCAGACUUAUGCUGUGCCACAAAGUCCUCACUCCCCCAUCUCGACUUACCCACCCACCCACCCCUCUGUCCAUCCAUCAGCCUGUCUUAGAUGGCCCUUUAAAUGUUUUAAACUAAUGGAUUUGAUUAGGUCUCGUAAUCCCUAUUGGAUUUAUAUGAAAUGUGAAAUGUCGCAAUGCCAGGGACCCUUUUAGAGGUGCGUUUGUGGACACAUGCUUAAAGCUCAGUCCAAGCUUUUAUUCUGUUGGAACGUAACUGCACAUAAACAUAGUCGAUAAACAGAUCUGGACACAAAAAAAACACCUUGACCAUCAGCAAAACAGGCCAGGUUCUAUCUUCAACCCAGUACAAAGCAGCACACAGCGCCACACUCCUGCUGAUCAUCUACAACCGGUGCAGUUGUCAUUUGUACACUCAUGUCAGGUAAAUGUGUAGUAUUACUCUGCUCACUUGUACACCCAUGGGUUUGUCAGUCUGAAAAUGACCUGUGACGUCGUGAGGAAGGGGAACGCAAUUGCAUCAUAGACCAGCAAAAACCUGGUCUAAAGUCCAGUACUGACUUCUCAGUGUUGCAUCUCCUGAGGACCUGAACGUCCCAUGCAUUAAGGUACGCAUGCGCGGUCUACGACAAAGGCUCGCUGAACCAGCUGUGCCUUAUGCGCAUCACACAUGGACCACUGGUGGUCCUAACCAGAAAACCCCUCACUUCUGAGUUCACUCCCUGAAUGGCAGUGUGUCCGAGGUGACAGUCUGUCUCUCUUGUCAGUUUUCUGUUGCCCAAACCACUCUACUGCUAUUUUUAAGACUACAGUAAAUCCAAUCCUUUGUGCCUUAUGCCCACAUUUGUGCUCAGAUUCCGAAAAAGUAGGGAAAUGGAUCAUAAAACCCGCGGUUUGGAUCGGAUCUUGGUCUUUAGUUGAGGAUGAGACCAUUAAAAAAGAAGAAAAAAAAAAACACCCAUAAACAAGAACUUAAAGAACAAUGAAAAACAAGGUGUCCAAUUUUGAAAUAAUCUUUUCAAUAAAAUAGUUAAUUGUGAUAUUAAAUUGCAGUAUGAAGGCAACAUCAUGAAAA